AUGUCGAACACCAACAAAGGCUCUGAGAUCCCUACCACAGGAACACGCACCAAACUUGUAUCCUCAAUUGACCAGUUUCUCAAAGAUCAAUCGUUGCUCCACCUUGGCGGCGAUGAGGACUUCCAUGGCGAGCGACGCAAGCAUCUCGAGGUCUUCGGUUUCCACAGCAUCCCCAAAGACAAGCAACAUCCAAUUGGCGAGGUAGAGUUUACUGCCGUCCGAGGUCCACACGGUACCAUCCCAGUCCGAGUCCUGUAUCCCAGGAGCGGCGAAGAGAAGAGGAAGAACGGCGAAGCCGGCGCUCUGAUCUACUUCCACGGCGGCGGCUACACAGUCGGCAGCGUCGACGAGUUCGAAAAUGGCCUGAGAUUCCUAGCGGAAGAGAGCGGCGUCCAGGUCUACGGCAUCGACUACCGUCUUGCGCCCGAGCACAAGUUCCCAACGCAACUUGACGAAUACUCCGCCGUCAUCGACUGGCUGCAGUCGUCAGGCGGUAAGGAGCGCGGUGUGCACCCGGAUCGUGUCUCUGGCGGCGGCGACUCAGCAGGCGGCAACAUGACAGCAGCCAUCUCGAUGCGCCGUCGCGACGAGAACAAGAAGCCGCUGAACUCUCUGCUCCUGCUCUACCCCGAGGCACGUCUUCCAUUCGACACUCCAGCCGCCGUCGAGAACAACUCAGGCUACUACCUGGAAUGCAACGGUAUAUUCUCGUUUGCGGACCACUAUCUACCAAGAGGCACCCCGCCAAGUCACAAGUAUGUUUCACCUGGUAUGCAAGAGGUUGAGUACUUGAAGGGGCAGUGUCCAGCUAGUAUCUACACUUCUGGGUUCGAUCCGCUGAGGGAUGUGGGUGUUGAGUAUGCGCACAAGUACAAGAAAGCCGGGAACGAGAUCGUCUGGCGACACUAUGAUGGCUUGACACACGGAUGGUUGCAAAUGACGGCUUGGAGUGGCGAGGCAAAGGAUGCAGUCAGAGAUGUUGCCUCAGAUCUGAACAAGUACUCAUAUCGAAACUGA